CGCAGCUAGCCAUGGAUGACGACAUGGCCGCGCUCGUGGUCGACAACGGCUCCAGCAUGUGCAAGGCCGGCUUCGCGGGCGACGACGCCCCUCACGCCGUCUUCCCCUCCAUCGUGGGGCGCCCCGGGCACCAGGGCGUGAUGGUGAGCAUGGGCCAGAAGGACUCAUACGUGGGCGACGAGGCCCAGAGCAAGAGGGGCAUCCUGACCCUCAAGUACCCCAUCGAGCAGGGCAUCGUCACCAACUGGGACGACAUGGAGAAGAUCUGGCACCACACCUUCUACAACGAGCUGCGCGUGGCCCCCGAGGAGCACCCCGUGCUGCUGACCAAGGCCCCCCUGAACCCCAAGGCCAACCGCGAGAAGAUGACCCAGAUCAUGUUCGAGACCUUCAACACCCCGGCCUUGUACGUGGCCAUCCAGGCCAUGCUGUCCCUGUACACCUCUGGACGCACCACCGACAUCGUGAUGGACUCCAGUGACGGGGUCACCCACACUGUGCCCAUCUACGAGGGGUACGCCCUCACCCACGCCAUCCUGCGUCUGGACCUGGCUGGCCGUGACCUGACGGUCUACCUCAUUAAGAUCCUCACGGAGCGUGGCUACAGCUUCACCACCACGGCCAAGCGGGAAAUCGUGCGUGACAUCAAGGAGAAGCUCUGCUAUGUCGCCCUGGACUUCGAGCAGGAGAUGGCCACCGCGGCCUCCAGCUCUUCCCUGGAGAAGAGCUACGAGCUGCCCCACGGCCAGGUCAUCACCAUUGGCAACAAGCGGUUCCGGGCCCCCGAGGCCCUCUUCCAGCCCUCCUUCCUGGGCAUGGAAUCCAGUGGCAUCCACGAAACUACCUUCAACUCCAUCAUGAAGUGUGACGUCGACAUCCGUAAGGACCUGUACGCCAACACAGUGCUGUCGGGUGGGACCACCAUGUACCCAGGCAUCGCCGACAGGAUGCAGAAGGAGAUCACCACCCUGGCUCCCAGCACCAUGAAGAUCAAGAUCAUCGUGGCCCCUGAGCGCAAGUACUCCGUAUGGAUCGGCGGCUCCAUUCUGGCCUCAUUGUCCACCUUCCAGCAGAUGUGGAUCAGCAAGCAGGAGUACGACGAGUCUGGCCCCUCCAUCGUCCACCGCAAAUGCUUCUAGGCGGACUGUUAGUGCGAUCCACCCUUUCUUGA